GCUCUAUGGCCAGGCAUACGCAGCAUGCUGCAACAGGAGCUUGCUCACAGCCACCCUGUGCCAUGAGUGACCACGCAGGGCUGGUGAGCCACCUGCGGGCAGCCUGGCUCUCAGGGAGGACACGGCCCUUGGAAUACCGUACAGCCCAGCUGGAGGCCCUGGGCCGAUUCCUGGAGGAGAAGAAGCAGGACAUCCUGGAGGCCACUGCCUUGGACAUGCGCAAGCCAUCCUUCGAAGUGGAACUCUCUGAGAUAUCCAUCUGCAGGAGUGAGCUCAACCACACGCUAAACAACCUGGGUGCCUGGAUGAAGGACGAGAACGUGGACAAGAAUUGGGCAACACAGCUGGACUCGGCCUUCAUCCACAAGGACCCCUAUGGGGUAGUGCUCAUCAUCGGGCCCUGGAACUACCCCAUCAACCUCCUCCUAGUGCCCCUCAUUGGGGCCAUUGCUGCUGGUAACUGUGUUGUACUGAAACCCUCCGAAAUCAGCAGGAACAUGGAGAGGCUGGUGGCCGAGGCAUUGCCCAGCUACCUUGACAAGGACUGCUUUGCUGUGGUAACUGCCGGAGUGGAGGAGACCACCAGGCUGCUGGAGAACAAGUUUGACUACAUCUUCUUCACUGGCAGCCCCUCUGUGGGCAGGAUCAUAAUGACGGCUGCUGCCAAGCACCUGACACCGGUGACGCUGGAGCUGGGGGGCAAGAACCCCUGCUACGUGUCUGACACCUGCAAUGUGCAGAACGUGGCCCGGAGGGUGGCCUGGGGACGCUUCUUCAAUGCGGGGCAGACCUGUGUUGCGCCCGACUACGUCCUGUGCAGCGUGGAGAUGCGGGAGAGGCUGGUGCCUGCUCUGCGUGAGGCCAUCACAGAGUUCUACGGCCCCAAACCCCGCAAUUCCCCUGACUUUGCCCGCAUUGUGGGGGACGAACAGUUCCAGCGCGUGCGGGCGCUGCUGAGCAGCGGGCGUGUGGCCAUCGGGGGACAGACGGACGAGAAGGAGCGCUACAUCGCCCCCACAGUGCUGGUGGACGUCCAGGAGAAUGACCCAGUGAUGCAGGAAGAGAUCUUUGGCCCUGUGUUGCCCAUUUUGACAGUGACCAGUGAGGAGGAUGCCAUCACCUUCAUCAAUGCCCGGGAACGGCCACUGACACUCUAUGUCUUCUCAUCCAGCACAAAGGUGGUUCGUCGGCUGCUGGAGCGGACAAGCAGUGGUGGCUUCUGUGCCAAUGACACCAUCAUGCACAUGACACUGACUUCACUGCCUUUUGGUGGCAUCGGGCUCAGCGGCAUGGGCCGCUACCACGGCCGUUUCACCUUCGAGACCUUCUCGCACCUCCGCUCGGCCCUGCUCCGUGCCGACGGCCGGGAGGCGCUGAACAACCUCCGCUACCCGCCGUACGCCCCGCGCCGCCUGCUGCUGCUCCGCAACACCGUAGAGAGCCGCCGCCGCACCGUCACCUGCACGCUGCUUUGAGCGCCGUCUCAAUAAACGCUUCCU